ACCACUGUAGCGAGAGAUUGUAUUAAACUAUUUAAAAAAGAGAAGGAGAAGUUGAGGAAAGUAUUUAAGGAAAUUGGGCGGGUUAGUUUAACUACUGACACUUGGACAUCCAAUCAGAACUUCAAUUAUAUGUGUCUUACUGCACACUUUAUUGACUGUGAAUGGAAAUUACACAAAAAAAUUAUAAAUUUUUGUUUAAUUCCUAAUCACAAAGGGGACACUAUUGGAAGGCAUGUGGAGUCGUGUCUACAGGAUUGGGGUAUUGAGAAGAUUUUUACUGUUACAGUUGACAAUGCUUCCUCAAACGAUGUUGCCAUUGAUUACUUAAAAAGAUUUGUGGAAGGUCAUUUGUUGGAGGGGAAGUAUAUUCACAUAAGGUGUUGCGCUCAUAUUAUGAACCUUAUUGUGAAUGAUGGGCUAAAAGAUUGUGAUGAUUCAAUUGCAAGGGUGCGCAAUGCGGUUAAAUAUGUUAGAUCAUCUCCUGCAAGAAUGGAAAAAUUCAAAAAGUGUAUAGAGAAGGAGAAAAUCAGUUGUUUAAAAUUAGUGUGCCUUGAUGUUCCCACCAGAUGGAACUCCACUUAUCUCAUGCUAGAAGUUGCAGAAACAUUUCAAAAACCAUUUUUGCGAUUGGAGAAUGAAGAUGGUUAUUUUUCUCGCUAUUGUCGUAGUGUGGGCUUGAGCCCCCCAAGUUCUAGUGAUUGGGUGAGAGUUAAAAUAAUGGUUAAAUUUUUGAAGAUUUUUUAUGAUGCUACUGUGAGACUUUCUGGCUCUUUGUAUGUCACAUCUAAUGCAUAUUUUCAAGAGAUUUGUGGCAUUCAAUCGCAUUUAUCAAAAAUGAGUCAAAGUAAUGAUCCAGUCUUGAAAGUUAUGGCUACGAGCAUGAAGAGUAAAUAUAACAAAUAUUGGGGAUCAAUUGAAAAGACUAACUUGAUGAUAUUCAUUGCUGUUGUUCUUGAUCCAAGAUGCAAAUUUAGUCUUUUGCAUUUUUUGUUCAAAAAAAUAUAUGGUGGUAAUUUAGUUGAAGAAAUGAUUGUAAAAGUGAAAGAAUUGAUGAUUGACAUGUACGGGGAGUAUAGUAUUAUGUAUGGGAGUUCAGGUGGAGUUUCAUACUCUGAGCCUCCUUCCUCAGUUGAUCCUAGUAUGAUUGAUUCUGAUUCUCAGCAAAGUUUUUGGGUUGAAUAUGAGCAAGAAAUUAUUGAAAGUAGUUUGAGGAACAAAUCAGAGAUUGAUCAAUACUUGGAACAUGGUUGUGAGGCACGAGUUCCAAAUUUUGAUAUUUUAGAUUGGUGGAAGAUCAAUGAAAUCAAGUAUCCUAUUUUGGCGAGAGUUGCACGGGAUGUGAUGGCCAUUCCUGUUUCUACUGUUUCUUCUGAGUCAGCCUUUAGUGCAGGGGGUCGGGUGCUUGACCCAUUUCGUUGUUCAUUAUCUCCAAGAACAGUUGAGGCACUUGUUUGUACUCAGAAUUGGUUAAAAGAUCCAAUAACUAUUGAUCUUCGUGCCUCGCUGGACAAUGUUGAAAGUUUUGAGGCAGAAUCAGAAUUUGAUCCCCAAUCAAGCUUUAUUUAUAUUGAUGAUGAGUGACUCAAGGCUUAUGGUCGACACAUUCUAUAUUUGUUGUUAAAGAUUCUUAUUUGAGGAUUGUUUAUUUCAUGUUCAUGAAUUUGUUUAAAAGGACUAGAAUAUUUUCCAUGGGAUGUAACGUAGUGGAUGGUUGGGAUGUAAUGUUUUAUUGAGAAAGGCUGGAAA